UUCUAUCCAUUCCUCCUUUCUAAGCAAUCUUACACUUUAUUGAUAUGUUGCAGGUUUCUUGGCUGUGGUACAAAAACAGGCGGUAGACUAGGACGUCACGUCGGUGAGCUUCUUAUCUCACAGAAAUCACUCAUGGUGAUUGUCUAUCAUGAUAAUGGUCAACUCGUCGUGAAUAAUUGCCACUUAUCUUCUGAGAUUACUGUCAGGAUUUGGUCCUGUCUUAGAUCCUUCACCUCACUGAACCAUCUCACCAUCUCAGACUCCUCUCUCAGUUUCCCUCCUUCUAUCCCUGAGCUUCCAUCCGUCACACAUCUAUCAUCCGAGAGAGUGACGUCACAAAGCUAUGAAGGUUUGCUCUCAUCGCUCCCUGGCUUGAGAGAUAUCGAUAUCAUUAUCGAUGAUGCAGAGAGAGACAUACCUCAGAUCACAGCUGGUCUUCGUCGGACCGGAGGACAGCAGCUCACAUCUAUAAGACUUGAAGCACCAUCAUCACUCCCAUCAGAGAAGAAGAGUGUGUCGACAGAGACGAUGAGAGGGCUAGGUCAUCUGAUCAUAGAACAUACCGAGCGCAUGCAGUGGCUUUUGCUAUCCGGUGUGAAUUGCAGUAAGGAGGCAGACUUGGUUGAACUCGUCGAGUCUUUGAGAUAUGUAAAAACACUGAAUCAUCUUAUGUGA